GCACAUUUCUGGAGCUCAGAAAGCGCUCGCAUGCGUACACCUUUGCUGAUAACUCACACCGCAGCUCGACUCCUUUGAACAAUCAACUGUUCCACGUCAUUGAACAAAAUGUCUCAAUCUGGGUUCGUGCUGUUUCCUUGCUUUCCCAUCCGACUACCGCAAUCGAGCCCAAAGAUCCCAUGAUGUUGUGUCAAGUUCGCCAUCGACGCUUCACACUACCCCGCUGCACAGCGACCGUUUCGCAGGAAUGCGUGACUGCAUUCAACGACCUCAAGCUUGCCAAGAAGUACAAGUACGUCAUCUUCAAGCUGUCCGACAACAACCGCGAAAUCGUUGUCGAGGAGGCCUCGGCCGACGGUGAAUGGGACAACUUCCGGGAGAAGCUGGUCAACGCCACCACUAAGAGCAAGAGUGGCGCUGUUGGCAAGGGCCCAAGAUACGCCGUUUACGACUUCGAGUACUCUCUUGCUAGUGGCGAGGGAACCCGGAACAAGAUCACCUUCAUUGCCUGGUCACCUGACGAUGCUGGUGUCAUGGCCAAGAUGGUCUACGCCUCCUCCAAGGAGGCCCUCAAGCGCUCGCUGAACGGCAUCGCCGUCGAGCUUCAGGCCAACGACCAGGACGACAUUGAGUACGACUCGGUACUGAAGAUUGUCAGCAAGGGCCUUGCUGGCUCGAGCUAAGCGCCACGAUCGUGGACGAGGACAUGAAUCAACAGACCAUACGCACAUACCUAGAUGAGAUAUGACGAGCUGAGGAGGCUUUCGCACCUGCUGCCUUUUUCUGGCGGACGAAAGAGAACAUUUCCCAGACAAAACGGACGGGUAGAUUGAGUUUUACACGAAACAAUACCACUCGCAGGAUUCAUC